GCAAUGAUCUGUUUUUUUCUUCACUAACCCUUUUAUUCUAUAAUUUCUUCACAGGCUUGGGCCAAGGAUGAUCUUCUGCGGGAACAAGAUAAGGAAAUAGCAACUUAAAGUGAAAGAGGCACUAUCAGCAUUGACAUGUACAUGUGAUUUUAAGCAAGAACCAGGAGAGUGAGAGUUUUAGUGUGCCGUAUUUAGAAUUUGUCGAUAUCUUUUUCCCGUUCCAACAAGUAUUCCUGAUAGUGGGGAUUCUUCCAGUAAUGCUAGAUAUUGGUUCUAACAACAAGAAGUUACUUAAUGAUCCUCUUUGAUUUAUUGGAGUUGAGGAGUCCCACAAUCUUUAUGUUCUGUUUGUUUCUCCAUCACUUGUUCAAGGCUGUUCAAUUGGAGUUCCAUCUUCAGGUUGACAUGAUUGUCUUGACAGAUGGACGUCAUAUUCUUGGCCUCGGUGACCUUGGAGUUCAGGGAAUAGGAAUACCUAGAUUGGAGGGAGAAGAGUAUCUAUCAAUUGUUGAUGAUUUUAUGGAAGCCGUGCAUACAUGUUGGCCUAAAGCUAUUGUUCAGUUUGAGGAUUUUCAAAUGAAAUGGGCUUUUGAAACAUUACAAUGUUAUCGUAAGAGGUUCUGCAUGUUCAACGAUGACAUACAAGGAACUGCUGGUGUUGCUCUCGUUGGACUAUUGGGAACUGUGAGAGCUCAAGGGCGGCCAUUGAGUGAUUUUGUUAACCAAAAGAUAGUAGUGGUAGGGGCUGGAAGUGCAGGGCUCAGUGUUCUUAACAUGACUAUUCAGGUUGUUUUGAGAAUGGCAGGGAACAACGAUUCUAGUACAAGAAAUCAAUUUUUUUUCUAAUAGACAAAGAU